UACGCGAAUAAAUAGUAUAUAUUCUAUUAGAAUUAUUGUCGUUUUAUAUUUUAAAAUUAUGGUGAUCCAGUGAUAUUGAAAAUGAAGUUAGUUUUCCUUAUAUUUUUCUUUGCGCUGGAUGUUUGUUUUGCAAAUCCUGACGCGAAGAGGCUGUAUGAUGACUUGCUGAGUAAUUAUAAUAGACUAAUUCGGCCGGUGGACAAAAAUAAUAACACUGUACUCGUGAAACUUGGCUUACGAUUGUCACAACUGAUAGAUUUGAAUCUGAAGGAUCAAAUUCUCACAACAAACGUAUGGUUGGAACAUGAAUGGGAAGAUCACAAAUUCAAAUGGGACCCACUGGAAUACGGCGGUGUGAAGGAGCUUUAUGUGCCGUCCGAACACAUUUGGCUGCCGGAUAUCGUGCUGUAUAAUAACGCUGAUGGAGAGUACGUGGUGACAACAAUGACGAAGGCCGUACUUCAUCACACCGGCAAGGUCCUUUGGACACCACCCGCCAUUUUUAAAUCUUCCUGUGAGAUCGACGUUCGCUACUUCCCCUUCGAUCAGCAGACCUGCUUUUUGAAGUUUGGAUCAUGGAGUUACGAUGGCGAUCAAAUCGACUUGAAGCACAUAAACCAAAAGAAAGGUGAUAUGGUAGAAGUUGGUAUCGAUUUACGUGAGUAUUAUCCAUCUGUUGAAUGGGAUAUCCUUGGAGUACCAGCUGAGAGGCACGAACGAUACUAUCCUUGCUGCCAGGAACCAUAUCCAGAUAUUUUCUUCAACAUAACUCUCAGAAGGAAAACUUUAUUCUACACUGUAAACCUCAUCGUACCAUGCGUGGGCAUUUCAUAUCUAUCUGUCCUUGUCUUUUACCUACCAGCGGAUUCGGGAGAAAAGAUUGCAUUAAGUAUAUCCAUCCUUCUCUCUCAGACUAUGUUCUUCUUACUGAUAUCAGAGAUCAUACCUUCUACUUCCCUGGCUUUACCGCUCUUGGGAAAGUAUCUUCUAUUUACAAUGUUGCUGGUAGGUCUUUCAGUCGUGAUAACUAUAAUAAUAUUGAAUGUCCACUACCGAAAGCCGAGUACACAUGAAAUGGCGCCAUGGGUUAGAACAUUUUUCAUAACGAUGUUACCUAAAUUACUACUCAUGCGGGUACCGAAGGAUUUGCUAAGAGAUCUAGCGGCGCAGAAGAUUAUUGGGCGUAGUAAGAAGAAGAACAAAUUCAAGGAUGCGCUUGCGGCAGUUGAAAGGACACAUUCGAAUUCUUCCAGCCCUGAUUCUUUACGUCAUCAUUUGCCAGGAGGCUGUAAUGGUCUUCAUUCUACAACUGCUACUAAUAGAUUCAGUGGUCUGGUUGGAGCUCUUGGGAGCCUCGGUGCUGGCUACAACGGUCUUCCGUCGGUUAUGUCUGGUCUAGAUGAUUCACUGAGUGACAUCACGCCACGGAAGAAGUACCCAUUUGAAUUGGAGAAGGCAAUCCACAACGUUAUGUUUAUACAACAUCACAUGCAACGACAGGACGAAUUUAACGCGGAAGAUCAAGACUGGGGAUUUGUGGCGAUGGUACUCGACCGGCUGUUUCUCUGGAUUUUCACCAUAGCGUCAAUUGUUGGCACCUUCGCUAUUCUCUGUGAGGCUCCAUCACUUUACGACGACACCAAACCGAUUGACAUGGUGUUGUCAUCCGUCGCACAACAGCAAUUUCUACCAGUUGAGAGUGGUGAUUCUUAAAAACGGAAGUAUUAAGCACGUAAAAGUACUAAGGUCAAUGUUACUAAGAUCGUAUACAUGAUGGGAGGUAAUUUCAAUUCAAUUAAUGAUUUGAUGAUCAACCAUUUUUUUAUUCAAUGUUUCCGCAAAUUACAAAAUGAUGCCUCCUAAUUUUAAGUAAGGUCAAACACGUUUUAAUUUGAAACAUGUAUCAUUGUUUAUAAUUUAAUCCCAUCUACUUAUGUAAUAUAUCGUAAUAAUGUAUUCAUCUUAGCCAAAGAGGCUGUGAGUUUUAUAACAUAAAACUAAGACUUCAAUUUAGAUUAGAUUUCAUAGUUUAGCUGGAAUCAACAGUGAGAUGAUGACCUGUUGAAAUUCUUAAUUAAAUAUUUAAUCAAUCGCGUAAAUUUAUAAUGUCGAUUGUAAUUAAUUAGAAUACGAAACGUGAUUGUUGUAUUAAUCCACACAAAGAUUUUGGUACCAUUAAUAAAACUAAGGCGUAAUUAAUCACAGUAAUAGGAACUACAAAUGAAUCUUUACCUAAGUGGAUUACUACAAUAGGGUGACAAUAGAUCUAUAACAAAUAGUGAAAACGAUUGAGGGGGAGUUCCAUUAUAUAUUGUGCAGUUUACAGUUGCAAGAUACAACUAAUUAUAACGAUAAAACAUUGUCUUUGCGUGUUGAAAAGAAUGUAAUAAUUAUUUUCUUACAUUUGAUUUAUGUGUAUGUUUAGUUAAUAAGCAAUCUUUUGCAUGUAUUUCUCCUUGAACAACUGUAAAAAUUCCAACCUAUACAUCGUAAUGCAUAUGCUUUUACAAAAUAUUUAAAUUUUAUCUAUUACUUGUUUCAUUUUAAACGGAAAAUCUAUGAAAAGUUUUAGUUAUGCAUUCGAAGGUUGCUCGUUGUUGAAAACCAUUCUUGUUUGGAGAAAUUGGGUAACUGAUAAGUACGCUAUAGAUCUUAAAAGUUAAAAUGUAAAUUUGUUGUGUCGAGAGAGACGCGAGAAUCGCUUAUAAGAAAUUAAUGGACAUUUAUAACGUCUGAAAUCCUAAUUUAAAAAUAAAAUUUAAUGGAUAUCAACGUGAAAUUUUUACAUAACUUACGUAGAUUUUGAUUGCUUUCGCCAAUCGUGGUCUGUGGCAAAAUGUGUUUAAAUCUGUUGUUGUAAUUUACAUGUGUUGUGCUUAUAUUAGUUCGCUUAAAACAAAGACAAUAUUCUAAACUCCUUUUUUCCCCUUUAACCUACUUCACAAAAAAUUAGAAGUUUUACAGUUUGAUGCAUAAGACGUCUGAAGUGAUGCCAAAAUAAUUAUAAUUUAGAUAUUUGGCUGUGUUAGAAUAAGAUUUUCACUUAUAUUCAAAUCAAUCUAUUUAAGGCAUGUAUUGUUUAGGUGAUACUUUUUUGUAACCUACCAUUUACUUAUAAUAGAAUAUAGCUUUUCAUUAAAUGAA